GCUCUCCGCAGCUGCGACUAUCAUGGCGGCUUACAGAAACGCUGCAGGUUUUCAAAGAGUUUUGCAUGCUGUUAAGCAUGUCUGUCUUAUGCAGAGGUGCGGUGUUAUAAUCUGCCGGUACUCUACAGUGUAUGACCCAAAUGAGAAGACCUUUGAUAAAAUCCUCAUCGCAAACAGAGGCGAGAUUGCCUGCAGGGUGAUUAAAACAUGUAAGAAGAUGGGCAUCAAGACAGUCGCAGUUCACAGUGAUGUGGACUCUAGUGCGGUUCACGUAAAGAUGGCUGAUGAGGCUGUGUGUGUUGGUCCUGCCCCUACAAGUAAAAGUUACCUGAACAUGGAUGCUAUCAUGAACGCCAUCAAGCAGACUGGAGCUCAAGCUGUUCAUCCUGGCUAUGGAUUCCUGUCUGAAAAUAAGGAGUUUGCUAAGAGACUGGUGAGAAAGAAAUGUGGAUAGUUAAAGAAAAGAAAUAUUUAAAUGAGUUUGUGUUAGAGUUGGGGGGCUGAGUAGCCCCUUCACUUAUUGUUCUACAUCGGCCAGUGUUCCUCCCACACACAUACACACACACACACACACACACA